AUGAGCACCGGAACACCUUAUAUUGGAAGUAAAAUAAGUCUAAUCUCCAAGGCCGGGAUUCGUUAUGAGGGCAUUUUGUAUACAAUCGACACGGAUAACGCAACGGUGGCUUUGGCAAAGGUUAAAUCAUUCGGGACAGAAGGACGGCCUACAGACAGACCAGUGCCACCCAAAGAUGACAUUUAUGAAUACAUAAUUUUCAGAGGGAGUGACAUCAAGGACAUAACGGUGUGUGAGCCGAUUAAACCACACCAUGGUUUACCUCAGGACCCUGCCAUUGUACAGUCAUCCAUUGGGAGGUCCUUGUCCACAUACCCAUCCCAGGCCUCAUACAGUCCCUACCGGAGUAUGGUGCCUUCCUAUAACCAACUGGCUGCCAGCUCUCUACUCAACCAGCAGUAUGCUGCUUCCCUGGGUCUGGGAGCAGGACUUCACAGCCUUCCAGCAAGACGAGGACCGAUGGUAGAGCAGGCUGUCCAGACUGUACCAGCUGAGAAUGCUGCUGAAAAAAGGGUCCAGUUAGCCUCCCAGCAGCAAGGCAGAGAGUCUGGUUGGCUUUCCCAGCACUCUGGCAGAGAUGGCCCUCCGUCUCAGAGGACUGCUUCCAGUGGUCAAACACUGCAUGGCACAGCCCAGGAACAAAGGCAAGGUAAUGAUGAGAACCGCAGACCACAGAGACGAAGACAAGACCCAGAGGAGAAGGUGGAGUCUGGGGUUAGUGAGGGCCAGAACACUGAGUGCACAGUGGAGGAUCCUCCUGGGGAGAAGUUCUACUACGACAAAACAAAGUGCUUCUUCGACAAUGUCUCAUCUGAGAUGAAGUCUAGUAGGACCACCUGGGCAGAGGAGAGGAAGCUGAAUGUGGAGACGUUUGGCGUUCCGGGCCGAUUCAUGAGGGGCAGAGGAUUCCGAGGGGACAAUCGUGGGAGACGAGCUGGGAGGGCCAACCAGCGCCCCAUGCCCAAAGUAGACAGUGCAAGGGUGUGA